CUUUCUGGCUGCAUCUACCAACAUCGUGACCAACAAUCCACCUGCAAUACCGACUGGAUCGCCGCCAUCAUUCCUCAUAGUCUUGAACAUGAGAUUGGGCACACAGUUCAGGAGUUUUCGCUCAUGAUAUCCGGUUUUCCUUUGCUUUGUGUUGGGCCCUGCACGCGCCUGCCGCUCUGAUUUGCACCAUUCUCGCGGUCGCGUCUGCUGGCCAUUUCCUGGUGUUGAUGUUUACAUGUCUUUUCUGAAUCUUUGUCGAUACCCAUACUCAUACCUCUGCCGGUGCCGGUACCGAUACCCACGCGAACCACCCCGUCAUUGACUUGACCACAAUCACACCACACCAAGACCACAGAGGCUUGGACAGAUGCAAGAUGGGCACCGUGCGGAAUAGCCCGUUCAUGAGGCAGUCAUCGCCGUCGCCGAGGCCCCCAAGCAAUGGCAGACCGAAAUCCGCACUCUUCCCCUCGCCCAUGUCGCCUCCUUCUACCUCGUCGACCCCCUCCGCGCCCGGGCAUGUUCGUGGGCAAUCCCUGGGCACAACACUCAGUCCAGGCAACAGCGACAUCAGGAAAGGCCAUGUGCGGAAUGCGUCCAAGGGGGACACCCCACAGUCCAACACUUUCGCUCCCUCUUUCAUCAAAAGCGACGAGAUGAGGCAGAGAUCCGAUGUCGUCGACGGCAUAGAGGGCGAAAACGACUUCUCCGGGAAGCGAUAUGUCUGGCUUAAGGACCCCCAAACGGCUUUCGUCAGAGGAUGGGUCGUCGAGGAUCUCGGGGGCAAUCGCAUAUUGGUCCAGUGUGAUGAUGGAAGCCAACGCGAGGUCGAUGCCGAGAGCGCAGACAAGGUCAAUCCAGCGAAAUUCGACAAGGCCAGCGACAUGGCUGAGCUGACCCACCUGAAUGAGGCGUCUGUCGUACACAACCUCCACAUGAGGUACCAGUCUGACCUGAUCUACACCUACUCCGGUCUCUUCCUGGUGACGGUCAACCCAUACUGUCCCAUACCCAUAUACACCAACGAAUAUGUCAACAUGUAUAAAGGCCGAAAUCGGGAGGAUACGAAACCCCACAUCUUUGCUAUCGCUGACGAGGCAUUUCGCAACCUCGUAGACGAGGGGGAGAAUCAAAGCGUCCUUGUCACGGGAGAGUCUGGCGCCGGAAAGACCGAGAACACCAAGAAAGUCAUUCAAUACCUCGCCGCCGUUGCGCCCUCGGAAUCAUCGUCCAGGAAUCGAGGCCAGCAGUCGAACCUAUCGGCGCAGAUCCUACGCGCCAACCCUAUACUGGAAGCGUUCGGCAAUGCGCAAACAGUGAGGAACAACAAUUCGUCCAGAUUUGGCAAGUUCAUCCGCAUAGAGUUCUCCCGGAAUGGAAUGAUCGCAGGCGCCUUCAUCGACUGGUACCUUCUCGAGAAAUCCCGUGUAGUUCGCAUCAACCCUAAUGAGCGGAACUACCACGUCUUCUACCAAUUGCUCAAGGGGGGCAACAAGCAGUUGAAGCAAGAAUUUCUGAUCGAUGGUCUCGAUGUCGAUGACUUCGCCUAUACUCGUGAGGGCCAGGACACUAUCGCAGGUGUUUCUGAUCGCGAGGAAUGGGACGCUUUGAUGGAAGCUUUUGAUGUGAUGGGCUUCUCUGACAAAGAACAGAGCUCUGUACUCCGGACAGUGGCUGCCGUCCUGCAUCUGGGAAACAUCACCGUGAUGAACGAGAGCCGCACGACAGAUCAGGCUCGACUUGCGGCAGACGCUAAGCAGGUGGCAGAACGCGUUUGCAAGCUCUUGGGCAUCCCGUUGGAGCCUUUCCUUCAGGGCUUGCUCCACCCCAAAGUGAAGGCUGGGCGUGAGUGGGUUGAAAAAGUACAGACUCCUGAGCAAGUUCGGCUUGGUCUCGACGCCCUAUCAAAAGGCAUUUACGAACGAGGUUUCGGUGACCUGGUCACAAGAAUUAACCGACAGCUAGACCGAACAGGAAUGGGAAUGGACGAGUCCCACUUCAUUGGUGUUCUAGAUAUUGCAGGUUUCGAGAUUUUCGAAGAGAACAGCUUCGAACAGCUUUGCAUCAAUUAUACCAACGAGAAACUGCAACAGUUCUUCAAUCACCACAUGUUCGUUCUCGAGCAAGAGGAAUACGCUCGCGAACAGAUCGAGUGGCAGUUCAUUGAUUUCGGUCGGGAUUUGCAACCAACCAUCGACCUGAUUGAGCUUCCCAACCCCAUUGGCGUUUUCUCCUGCCUCGACGAAGAUUGUGUGAUGCCAAAGGCAACGGACAAGACCUUCACGGAGAAACUGCAUUCGUUGUGGGACAAGAAGUCCAACAAAUACCGAGCGUCAAGACUUCGGAACGGAUUCGUUCUGACGCAUUAUGCAGCCGAGGUGGAAUACUCUACAGAGGGCUGGCUGGAGAAAAACAAGGAUCCUUUGAACGACAACAUCACGCGUUUACUGGCGGCCUCCACAGACAAGCAUGUCGCGAACUUAUUUGCCGAUUGUGCAGAUCAUGACGAUGAGGCAAUCGCUGUCCGAAGCAGAGUGAAAAAGGGCUUGUUCCGCACGGUGGCCCAGAGGCACAAGGAGCAGCUGUCAAGCCUGAUGGCUCAGUUACAUUCGACACACCCCCACUUCGUCCGUUGUAUUCUUCCCAAUCACAAGAAGAAGCCAAAGCAAUUCAAUAAUCUUCUUGUCUUGGACCAGCUGAGAUGCAACGGUGUCUUGGAAGGCAUCCGAAUAGCACGUACCGGUUUCCCCAACCGACUUCCCUUUGCCGAGUUCCGUGCGCGUUAUGAGGUCCUGUGCAAGGACAUGCCCAAGGGUUAUCUGGAGGGUCAGGCAGCUGCCACCAUGAUGCUAGAGAAGUUAAAGAUGGACAGAGCUCUAUACCGAGUCGGGUUGACCAAGGUCUUCUUCAGAGCUGGCGUACUUGCGGAGCUUGAAGAACGGCGAGACGCACUCAUCUCCGACAUCAUGGCACGAUUCCAAGCCGUUGCUCGUGGCUUUUCCGCAAGGAGACUGGCCUACAAACGCCUGUAUCGCACCGAGGCGACCAGAGUCAUCCAGCAGAACUUCAGGGUCUAUCUUGACCUCUGCCAAAACCCUUGGUGGCAGCUUAUUGUGAAAAUGAAACCUUUGCUUGGCGCAACUCGGACUGCGACGGAGGUAAAGAAGCGAGACGAGAUGAUCCGUCAGCUCCACGAUCAAAUGCAGCAGGAGUCGGCCAAUCGGCAGAAGCUCGAGGAGGAUCGACGCAACGUUCACACGGAGAUGAUGCGCAUUCAGCAAACACUGGAGAGCGAGCGCGCCCUCGCCCUAGACAAAGAGGAAAUCUUCAAGCGCCUUCAGCAGCGUGAGGCUGAAUUGGAGGAUAAGCUUGCCGGCGCUAUUGAGGAUGCUGAGAAGCUCGAGGAUGAGCUGGACGAUCUGAUUGAAGCGAAGAAGAGAGCUGAGGAGGACGUCGAGAGGUUCCGCAGCCAAUUGGAACAGGCUGCCUCCUUGAUCGGCCGUUUGGAAGAAGAGAAGACCGAACUGGCCGGACGCAUAUCGGACCUUGAGCGCGCCAUCGAAGACAUUUCGAACAGCCAGCAUGAGCGAACCGAGCAGGAAGCCGCCAUGGAGGAUGAGAUCCAGAUGCUUCAGAGCCAGCUCGCACUGAAGGACAGGAAAGCACGCGAUUUGGAGGGCAAGCUCCUCGAGAUUGACCAAGAUGCCGAGGUGAAGCUCCACAAGGCUGAGAAGGAGCUGCAGUCCUACAGGGCCAAACAGCAGCAACUUAUGGCCGAGAAUCGGGAUGCCCAACAGCAGCUUUCGGCCCUGUCCAAGACUACAACGGAUUAUGAGGAGCUAGUGCGCAAGAAAGAGAGCGAAUUGGCUGUACUCCGAGGGGACAACAAGAAGUACGAAAUGGAAAGGAGAACUUUCGAGGACCAGCGUAAAACUCUUGCUGCCGAGAAAGACAAGGCAUCCACCCGAUUACGGGACGUGCAAGCUCAGCUCGACGCGCUUAAGGCUCAGCAGUCGCAGGUCCAGAGAGAAGCUGAAGAUGCAAAGAAACUCUUGCAGGCCAGGCUUUCUGAAGACAGCCAAGCUAAUCAGAACAGACAAGUGUUGGAGUCCCAGAUCAAGGACCUCAAGGAUGAACUGUACGAGGCUCAAAUGGAACUUAGUAGGGAGCGGCAGUCCCGUGACGAUGUCCUUCUACUUAGCGAGCACAAGUACAACGAGCUUCAAGAGGAGUACGACCAGCUUAACGAAGCCAAGAUCGUGAUCGAGAAGGAAUUGUACGCGGCGCAGGAUACCUUGAGACGCGCAAUCGAUGCUCGGGCCACGGCCGAGAAAGAACGUGAUGAUGCGCGGCAAGAAAUUCGCAAGCUCAGAGCUGCUUACAGUCAGGCGGAGGAGGCGAGACGCGAGGCUGAGAUUGCUGGCGAGCGUGCCGCCUCCAAGCUCGCCCGAGAACGGGAGGCCAGCUUGCGAAAGGACUUGGACGCAGCUCAAGACCGACUGAAGUGGUUUGAGGAUGAAUGUGCGAAGCUGAAUCAUCAGGUCGAGGACCUGAAUAAGCUGAUACUGUCCUCUGGAGAAUUUGGCUUGAAGAAUGACCAGGCGAAGGAGCGAAUGGAGAGAGAGCUCCAUACCGUGAAGAGUCGUCUAGCAGCGUCUGAAAAUGACAACCGCGCCCUGCUCAACAAGCUUCAGCAAAAGGGUCUGGAGAUUGCUCGAUCCAGCUCGAGAGCGAGUGAGGCUUCUCGCGGACAGGUCAAUGUUCUCCAGCGCGAAAAGGCCCGGCUGGAGGAACUCAACACCAAGCUCAACAAGCAGCUCGGGGAGUCGCAAAUGAACUCUGCAGCUUUGGAAAAGAAACUUGAGAAAGCUCAGCUCAACCUCGAGGACCUCAAUCAUGAGUUCCAGCGCGAAGUCAAGGCUAACCGCAAUGCCGAGAAAUCGACGUCAAAUUUCAACGUUCAACUGGCGGAGGCGAAUCGGAACGUCGAGUCCGAGAGGCAAAUGAGGACUCAAGCCCAGGGCACCAUCCGGACGCUCCAAGCAACAAUUGAUUCUCGUGAUAAGGAGUUGCAAGAGCUCCGCUCCCAAAUGCUGCAAGCCCUCAAGGUUGUCGACCCCGAGUCCGCGCCCCCAGCCCAGGUAGAUGGAGCUACUGAGCGCGUCUUCAGUGAGAAGUAUGACCUGGUCAGGAAAAUCGAAGACCUCCAACAGAAGCUCAGAGUGCAGACGGCCGCAAGAUCUAGUGCGGAGUCUCAGCUGGCUGAGUUCCGGGCUGGACGAAUGUCACCUGAGCGGCCACGCCUCGGCGAAAUUGACCUGAACGAGGCACCUUUUGACAUGUCGCCUUCCUACCGAAAGUCAAAGACCAAUGGACGCAAGCUCUCGAAUUCAUCAACCCCAUCGCGGCGUUUUACCAAUGACGGCGAGCCAGGCAGUGACUCGGUUCGCUCUGAGAAGACUGCUGACAUCUUGAGCUUCAAUAACCGCAUGGACCUCAAGGCCGAGAUUGAAGAGCUUCAAAACCAGCUGCAAAUCACCCAGAUGCAGAAUCGUCACCUACAGAGCCAGCUCGAGCGCUCAGGCACAGGCCUCCCUGAGUACGACGGGGAGGCCUCGUCGCUCCAGCGGGUCAAGAAGCUCGAGGAGGCCAAUGGUCGUCUUCACAGUCUACUGGAUGAUUCUUCCAAGAAGGUGUCUGCUUUGGAGAAAGCUCUCCGUACUGGUGAACUGUCCCUCCGCGACAUCCAGACUAAAUCACACGAGGAGAUUCUUGACUUGCUGAACAACACAGAAGAGUCCAGGCGGUCGCUCCUACACAGCCAUAGGGAUGCGGUUGCAGAGCUAACGGACGUCAAGGCGCACUAUGACAAGCUCAGGCACGACCGCGCCACGCUCGAAGUCGAUCUGCGCGAUGCCAGGGGUGACCUGCAGGAGAUGACGCAGGCCCGAGAGCAGGAGGCAGCAAGCCGCAACCAACUUCUGCAGGAGUUUUCUGACCUCCAGAUAAGAUUGGACGCAGAAACCUCCAAGCUUGCUGAUGUGACGGCCAGUCUGAACCUAUACAAGAGCCGCGCGGACGAGUACUUCAGUAAACUAGAACAGGCCGAGAUUGCGGUUCUCAAAGCGAAUCGGGCCGAACAGUUCGCAAAGUCCCAGGCCAAGGAGGCCGAAGACACGUAUGCUGAGGUCAUGGCAGAGCGCAAGAAGAUGGACCAGGCUGUUGAAGACCUGCAGCGUCAAAAUCAACGACUGGAGGAGAAGGUCGAGGACAUGUCCACGGACCUGGAAGCUGCGACGCAGGCGAAAAAGAGGCUACAACAUGAGCUCGAGGAUUACCGGAACCAGCGCGCUAACGACAUCGAGGAUACCGAGUCCAGCUUGGAGCAGACCCGUAAGAAGUACCAAGCAGAGUUUGCCACACUCACCAAGGAGCUUGACCUUGCCCGGGAGGAGAAGCUCUUCAAGCAGGCGGAAAUUACCCGCCUGCGCGAGGAGCUUGACGAGCUUCGGUCCAAGUGGGACGAUGAAGUCCUUAACAGCUCCACCUGGUCCAAGGAGAAGUCGCGGCUUGAAGCCACGCUUGCGGACGUGUCUGCCUCUCGCGAAGAGGCAGUCAACGCGCACAAUGAGGCACAGGGCAAAAUUGUCAACCUGCUUUCACAGGUGCGGUCGCUGCGGUCCUCGGUUGAUGAAGUCACUGGCGAACGGGACGCGCUGUUCCGGGAGAAGCGAAGCAUCGAAGCCAGGCUAGAGGAAGCCAAGGCUGGCCUGGAAGAACUCACAAAGGGCGAGAGCCCGUCGCUUCGGGACGCAGCAAGCAUCGACAAAGAGAUCCUCGAGCUCAAAUCGAGUCUUGCGAAACAAGAGGACGUCGCUGCGGCAGCCGUGGAGAAGAUGCGCCGGGCUGAGGCUCUGGCGUCCGAGGUGCAGAAGGACAUUCUGGUUGAGCGUGAGUCAAGCGUGCAGCUGUCCAAGGACAAGGCUGCACUUGAAAAGACGCUCAACGAGGUCCAAGUCAGGCUUGUGGACCUUGAGACCAAGGGCUACUCGAGCGCGAGCCAGGAUAUCAAGUUCCUGCACAAACGCAUCCAAGAGCUCGAGAACCAGCUUGAAGAGCAAGAGGACAGCCGUGCCAAAUCGCAGCGGUCCAACCGCAAUGUGGAUCGCACGGUCAAGGACCUCCAGGGCCAGAUCGACCGCAAGGACAAGCAGAACACGCAGAUGCAGGAGGAUCUGGCCCGGAUGCGGGACAAGAUCGACAAGCUCCUGAAGACAAUCGACGAGCUACAGUCGUCCGAGUCGGCCAACCAGCUGCAGGCACGGCGGGCGGAGCGCGAGCUGAGGAGCGAGCAAGAAAAGGCGGCCAGACUGGAGCGGGAGCUCGAGAGCUGGAAGACGCUCCGGUCGGAGAAAGGCUCUGUCCUAGGCAGCGUGGCCGGAAGCGUGAUGAGCGGGCGUGGUGGCAUGACAAGAUCAGGGACGCUGGCGACGAUGAGGAGCUCGGGGCUGGCGAGCGUGGCGGACGAGGACGAAAGCGCGGAAAGCCAUGUGAUGAUUCCCGAGAGGAAGAGCAGCAUUAGUCGUGUGCCAAGCCUGACGAAGGGAUUCUUGUAGGGGGGAUGUGAUCCUCGGGACUCGGAAUGAUCAAGGCACAAGGAGAUAGGAGGGCCGAGAAGAUUAGCAUUUCAUGUGGUUGGCGUUUAAUGUUUGCUCGUCGUAUCAUUCAUGUGGCAUAAUACCUCUUGGCGAAGGACGGAAUGGCUGUUGUAACCUCGGGAGCAGUUGGGUUCGGUUUGGGUUUUUUUUUCCGUCUCUUUCUUUUCUUUCUUAUUGGCAUGGGUUGGGCGACAGCAUAAUGAGUUGAGUGUACGCAGCAGGUAUGGUGGCGGGGCUCGUGGGAAGGGGGGCGCGGACUGGAAGCUCUCGUCAAGUCGGUUAAAUAUUUAUAUAAUCAACUGGCUAUGUCAAGACACUUGAAAAGGAAGUCGGCCUUGAUAUUUGGUGCUUUCUUAAUGUGUUGUUGACUCGGCGGGGGCAGGCAUCGCGGGUAUUGAUCAGCUAUGGGGCCGUCAUGGAAGGUUGACUCGAGGUCGGCCACAAUAUUGUCACGCCCGUCAGUGCGAAGAAAGGCGAAGCUCGGAGCAAUUCAGCCGAUGCUUGAUGUUCCUAGCAUCAUGCGGUUUGAAGUUGUCGACGCGUCCAGAACACCAACCAGGGAGAUUGCACGGCAAGCACGGGCAUUGCAGUAGUGCGCGACUUGGUGUUGGUUUACACUAGAGGCAGAUCCCGUGCGAGAGUUUAG